CUCUUCCUUUUCCUUUCCUCCCCUGCUUGAUGGUUUGAGCCGGCCUUUUUUACUUUCAUGUUUGGUUUCAAAAUAAGUCGAUAUAUAAAGGUUGAAAACGUAAGGGUGUGAAUCCAUUGAAGCGUGAGAUGGAAAAGCACGCAGACAUUUUGUCCAAAAACCCUCAUGAAUUAUAUUAUCUGAGAAUGCAAAGAAGCAGAGAAAAAAUGGAGAGAGGAGAAUCUGAAGACCAACACUUGUUACAAAAGCGGCUAAGGGUUUGCGUAGCAACUUGCAACAGAGCAGACUAUUCCAAACUCGCCCCCAUCAUGUUUGGAAUCAAAAAUCACCCAGAGGACUUUGAACUGGAAAUAGUGGUUCUCGGCUCACAUCUCAUUGAUGACUAUGGGAACACAUUUCGUAUGAUUGAACAGGAUGACUUUGACAUCGGCUCCAAGCUUCACACAAUAGUGAGAGGGGAGGAUGAGGCAGCCAUGGUGGAAAGUGUGGGUCUAGCCCUAGUGAAGCUCCCAGAUGUCCUACAGCGACUGAAUCCAGACAUUUUGAUUGUCCAUGGUGAUCGUUUUGAUGCACUGGCCCUAGCAACAGCUGCAGCUUUAAUGAACAUUCGAAUACUGCAUUUAGAAGGAGGAGAGGUGAGCGGUACAAUUGAUGACUCAAUCCGCCAUGCCAUCAGUAAACUGGCCCAUUAUCAUGCUUGUUGCACACGACGGGCUGAGCAGCACCUCAUAGCCAUGUGUGAAGACCAUUCUCGCAUUUUAUUGGCUGGGUGCCCUUCCUAUGAUAAGCUACUAGCAAAGCAACACCAGGACGACUAUAUGGACAUCGUUAAAAGCUGGAUUGGUGAUGUCAAAGAGAAUGAUUAUAUUGUGGCUUUGCAACAUCCAGUCACCACAGAUAUUCAGCAUUCUAUCAAAAUUUAUGGUUUAAUGCUGGAUGCUCUUCUGUCAUUUAACAAGAAGACACUGAUUCUCUUUCCAAAUAUUGAUGCAGGGAGUAAAGAGCUGGUACGUGUGAUGAGGAAGAAGGGCAUAGAACAGCACCCCAAUUUCCAAGCUGUGAAGCAUGUUCCUUUUGAACAGUUCAUCCAGCUGGUGUCCCACGCUGGCUGCAUGAUCGGAAACAGCAGCUGUGGAGUUAGAGAAGCUGGGGCCUUUGGUACUCCUGUCGUGAACCUGGGCACAAGGCAAACUGGCAGAGAAACUGGUGAAAAUGUGCUCCAUGUGAGAGAUGCUGAUACUCACAGUAAGAUCUACCAUGCUCUAGAGCUGCAGUUUGGGAAACGAUACCCCUGCUCCAAGAUUUAUGGUGAUGGAAAUGCAGUGCCACGUAUUCUCAAGUUUUUACAUUCCAUUAACAUAAACGAGCCACUACAGAAGACUUUCUGUUUUCCGACUGUAAAAGAGAGUAACUCACAGGACAUUGAUCAUAUUCUGGAGACACAAAGUGCCCUUGCUGUUGAUUUGGGAGGAACUAAUCUUCGGGUGGCCAUUGUCUGCAUGAGGGGAAGCAUAGUCAAGAAAUAUAUUCAGUCAAAUCCAAAAACCUACGAGGCAAGGAUAAGCCUCAUACUAAAGAUGUGUAAUGAUGCCAUGCAGGAUGCUGUUCGGCUCAACUGUAGAAUACUUGGUGUUGGAAUCUCAUCAGGAGGUCGAGUAAAUCCACAAGAGGGCGUGGUUCUGCACUCCACAAAACUCAUCCGAGAGUGGUCCUCUGUUGAUCUGAGGACACCCAUCUCUGACGCCUUGCAUCUCCCUGUUUGGGUCGACAAUGACGGGAACUGUGCUGCGCUGGCUGAGAAAAAGUUUGGGCAUGGCAAAGGGGUGGAAAGCUUUGCCACUGUAAUUACUGGAACUGGCAUUGGUGGAGGCAUCAUACAUAAUAAUGAACUGAUUCAUGGGAGCACUUUCUGCGCUGCUGAGCUGGGACACAUCAUGGUUUCACUGGAAGGACCAGAAUGUUCUUGUGGUAGCUACGGAUGUAUAGAGGCAUAUGCAUCUGGCAUGGCAUUGCAGAGAGAGGCAAAAAAACUUAAUGAUGAGGACAUGCUGAAGAUGGAGGGAAUGAAGAUGGUCGAACCGGUUUCAGCUAUUCACCUCAUUUCUGCAGCAAAAAUGGGCAACUCAAAGGCUCAAGCUAUUCUCAAUAAAGCUUCCACAGCCUUAGGUAUUGGUAUUAUCAACAUCCUCCACACAGUGAACCCAUCGCUGAUCAUUCUGUCGGGAGUGCUGGCUUCAUGCUACCAGGCCCCAGUGCAGCGUGUCAUCUCGGAGAGGGCACUGUCCUCUGCACAGAAUAUCAAGGUUGUCACAUCAGAUCUGGAAGAACCAGCUCUACUUGGAGCUGCUACUAUGGUGUUAGACUAUACAACCAGAAGAAUAUACUGAAGGACUACCUAACAACCAAACACAUUUCUAUGGAGUACAUUUGAAGAACUUUAGUUCAGCCUAUUAGGGUUAUGUUUUACAUUUUAAAUUUGGAAUGGAUGACAAUCAAACUGUGAUUAUUGUACAUAUGCCCUGCCAAAUGAGUACAUAAAAUGUUUUUAUUUGGAUAAAAAACAACCUUGUUCACUGCUUUAGUUUGUUGUGACCAAAUCUGAGUAUGUCUUUUUGUGUUACUUGUCUAAAACAAUUUUGUUUUUAUAUAAUUUUUUACAUGCUGCAAUCAUGUUGUUUAUUAUUAAUUAUUUGAACAUAAUUAUUUAAUUUAUGGUCAUUAUGUCUAAGUCUUAAGAUGGGACAAUUUCUGGAGAUGGUACUGUAUCUACAAUUAGUGCAUUUUGUUUUAUUUUUUUGUUAUUAUUAUUAUUUCUAACACAUGACUGUCACACUAAACAAACUGCAUCUAUGACUGAUGUGUUAAUAAAAUUUUCAUUUAAA